CGGAACAAACGGCAGUUGGAUGCUGAGCAGGCACGCAGGGUAGGCAACUAACUUUCGUUUUGCUGAUUCUAGCGAUGAUGAAAUACCCUGCCAAGUUUCUGGAGUAGGUAGGCUUUUUGGUUAUAAGUACCGGCGUGCUCGAGGCCAGAAACGCUAUCUUCCAUCCAUUAACCUACUCUACACACACAAUCCACAAACACUACCACUCUUCUUUCACACCUUUAUACCUCCAAGCGCCUCCAAAAUGAACAGCAGCAGCAACCAGAACCAGAACCAGAACGAGGACUACCUCGACAAGGGCCUCGACGCCGCUGAGAAGAAGUGGGGUGGCUCCAUGGGCCAAGACACCCAGAAGCACCGUGCUAUGAACGAGAAGAUUACCGACACUGCCCGCGAUGCCUUUGAGAGCAAGACCGGCAAGCACGUCCCGGAGAAGUUCUCCAACUAGAGGAUGUGUUGUUGUGGAGGUCUGACGGAUUCGCUCGCCCCGUUGGAAGGGAGCGUCGUCUUAAUGAUUUGACGAAUGAUACGAAGACAUAGGAAAUAAUCCAAGAAUUUCAAUACACAUG